AUGAUGGUAGGCAAGGUGAUAUGUGAUGUUUUCAUCAAUAUUGGCCAUUUUUUCUGCAGCUUCAACUAUUGGAACUUCCAAUGUUCUUUGGCAUUCAUAUUCGCUAUUGAGGAGAUCAACAGAAACCCUCAUGUUUUACCCAAUAUAUCUCUAGGAUAUGAUCUCUAUAUUUUCCACAAAUCUAAACAGGAUAUUCUGGCCGAGGCUUUUACUUGUCUCACAGGAGUGGGAAAAAUCUUUCCCAAUUUCAGAUGUAGAAGGGAGAACAAAGCUGCUGCUAUUCUUACAGGACCGUCCUGGAUGACAUCUGCAGAUAUUGGGAGGCUGCUGGAUCUCUACAAAUAUCCACAGCUUAGUUUUGGGCCAUUUAGCACUAUGCUGAGUGACAGAAGCCAGUUCUCUUCUCUCUACCAGACAUCAGCAAAGGACACAUCAUUGCCAUGUGGUAUUGUGUCUUUGAUGGUUCAUUUCAGCUGGACCUGGGUGGGGCUUGUUGUCAUAGAUAACAGCAGAGGAAAUCAGGUUGUCUCAGACCUCAAAGGAGAGAUGGACAGGAAUAAAAUUUGUGUGGCUUUUGUGAAAAUGGUGGCAGAGAACUUGCAUUUGUUUGGCCCCACAUCCAAAGAAAUAUUGCAGUUAACUGUGAUAUCCUUAGCAAAUGUUGUUAUUGUUUAUGAUGACACUCAGUCUUUACACACCACAAUGUUAAAAAACAUGCAAUGCCUAAUAACAGGGAAAGUAUGGGUUAUGAAUUCACAAUGGGAAGCAGGCAAUGCUAAACAUUUUCUCGUUGAUUCUUUUCAUGGGAGUCUCUUUUUUGCACACCGCCAUCAUGAGAAUCCUAAUUUUAGAAUGUUUGUUGAGUCAUACAACCCUUUCAAUUACCCAGAAGACCACAAUCUUGUUCGCUUUUGGCAUUCGUUCUUCAACUGCUCCAUUUCUAUACUGGACUGUAAAAUAUUGGAUAACUGUCUGCCUAAUGCUUCCUUGGCAUUUUCUCCAUUAAAUAUCUGGGAAAUGGACAUGACUGUGGACAGUUACAACAUGUAUAAUUCUGUGUAUGCUGUGGCUCAUAGUCUCCAUGAGAUGACUGUCAAACAAGCAGAACUCCAUUCUCAUCUAAAUGGGCAGGGUCAUGUCCACCCUUGGAAGCUCCACCAUUUUCUCAAGAAUAUCCAUUUAAAAAAUGGUGCUGAAAGCCAAGUGAUUUUGGAUUCAGAAAGGAAAAUAGAUGCAGAAUAUGAUAUUGUCAAUUUCUGGAAUUUUCCAAAUGGUCUCAGACAGAAGGUGAAAGUUGGAUCAUUUUCUUCCAAAGCUCCACAGGGUCAACAACUGGUUUUGAUUGAUUCUAUGAUACAAUGGGAUACAGGAUUUACGGAGCUUCCUCGCUCUGUGUGCAGUGAGAGCUGUGUUCCUGGAUUCAGAAAAUCCCCCAAAGAGGGGAAGCCUGACUGUUGCUAUGAUUGCACUCCUUGUGCAGAUAAUGAGAUUUCCAAUGAAACAGAUGUGGAUAAUUGUGUGAAAUGUCCAGAUAAUCACUAUGCAAACACAGAGCAGAAUGUCUGCCUACAGAAAUCAGUGACAUUUCUGUCCUACGAAGACCCCUUGGGAAUGGCUCUCACUUGCAUGAGCCUGGGCUUCUUUGUGAUCACAGCUGGUGUCCUUGGUGUCUUUGUGAAGUACCACAGCACUCCCAUCAUCAAGGCCAAUAAUCGGACUCUCACUUAUAUCCUGCUCAUCACUCUGACCUUCUGUUUUCUCUGCCCCUUGCUUUUCAUUGGCCAACCCAACACAGCCACCUGUAUCCUGCAGCAGAGCACAUUUGGAGUUCUGUUCACAGUGGCUCUCUCCACUGUCUUGGCCAAAACGAUGACUGUUGUGCUGGCCUUCAAGGUCACUGUUCCAGGGAGAAUGGUGAGGUGGCUCAUGCUAUCAAAGGCCCCUAACUUCAUCAUUCCCAUCUGCACCCUUGUUCAACUUGGGAUCUCUGGAAUUUGGAUGAGCUCUUCGCCUCCCUUUGUAGACUCAGAUUCUCAGUCUGAACAUAAGCACAUCAUCCUGGUCUGUAACAAGGGCUCAGCUGUUGCCUUCCACUGUGUUCUGGGAUACCUCUUCUCCUUGGCACUUGGUAGCUACACUGUGGCUUACCUCUCCAUGAACCUGCCUGACACAUUCAAUGAAGCCAAGUUCUUGACAUUCAGCAUGCUGGUGUUCUUCAGUGUGUGGGUCACCUUCCUCCCUGUCUAUCAUAGCACCAAGGGAAAGGUCAUGGUGGCCAUGGAAGUCUUCUCCAUCUUGACUUCCAGUGCAGGGCUGCUAGGCUGCAUCUUUGCCCCCAAGUGCUACAUUAUUUUGUUAAGACCAGAUAGGAACUCACUUCAUUGCAUCAGGUUCAAAGCACAUUCUAGAGGGAAAGUCCAUCUUACAGAUUAG